CAAGGAGGCAAUUAAAGAUUGGAGGGCCCUCGAGUGUUGACAGCAUCGAUUCCGGUCUUCACGCCUCCGACCACCUCAAAGCACCUGUCGCCACCCACGGAAUUGUUGCACAGUGCCCAGCAGCGCUCUGCGAUAAUCACCAUGGCGCUGAACGCGAGUUUCGUUUCGCCCACGGCCGACGCGAAGGUCGCCCACAUGAUGACCCAGUUCGACACGGCUGGCCUGCUCUCGACAAUCGUCAAUGGCCUCACGUUCUGGAAGGCGGUGCUUGCGCUGCUGGUUGGUGCUGUCGUCUACGACCAGUUCAUGUACAUCUGGCAGAAGGGCUCCAUCGUGGGACCGGCCAUGAAGACUCCGUUCAUGGGGCCGUUCCUCGACUCGGUCAACCCCAGCUUCACAAAGUACCACGCAAAGUGGUUGUCCGGCGCGCUCAGCUGCGUCUCCGUCUUCCACAAGUUCGUCGUCAUCGCCUCGACCCGUGACAUGGCCCGCAAAAUUUUCAAUUCGCCCAACUUCGUCAAGCCCUGCGUCGUCGAUGCCGCCUACAAGCUCCUCCGCCCCGACAAUUGGGUCUUCCUCGACGGCAAGGCCCACGCCGACUACCGCAAGGGCCUCAAUGGCCUGUUCACCCGCCAGGCGCUCGAGCAGUACCUGCCUGGCCAGGAGGAGAUCUACAACGAGUACUACAAGCGCUUCGUCGAGCUCUCCCAGGUGAAGAACAAGGGCGAGCACGUUCCCUUCAUGCAGGAAUUCCGUCUUUUGAUCACCGCUAUCAGCUGCAGGACCUUCGUUGGACACUACUGCUCUGAGGAGGCCGUCAAGAAGAUCGCCGACGACUAUUACCUCAUCACUGCUGCGCUCGAGCUCGUCAACUUCCCCAUCAUCCUGCCCUUCACCAAGAGCUGGUAUGGCAAGAAGUGCGCCGACAUGGUUCUGGACGAGUUCUCCAAGUGCGCCGCAAAGGCCAAGGUGCGCAUGCAGGCUGGCGGCAAGAAGGAGUGCAUUCUUGACUUCUGGGUUGCUCACAUGAUCGAGUCCGAGAACUACCGUAAGGCGGUCGAGAAGGGCGAAACUCCCGAGAAGCCUGUCAUGCUGAUCCGCUGGUUCAGCGACCUCGAGAUUUCCAUGACGCUGUUCACCUUCCUCUUCGCCUCGCAGGACGCCACCUCUUCUGCUGCUACAUGGCUCUUCCAGAUCAUGGCUGACCGCCCUGAGUUCCUCGACAAGGUCCGCCAGGAGAACAUUGAGGCCCGUAACGGUGACAUUCACGCCGAGAUCUCGCUUGAUGCCCUUGAGAAGCUGCCAUGGACCCGUGCGGUCGUCAAGGAGACCCUCCGCUACCGCCCUCCCGUAAUCAUGGUUCCCUACCUCGUCAAGAAGGACUUUCCUAUCACCCCGGAGUACACCGUCCCUAAGGGCUCCAUGGUCAUCCCCACCACCUACAUGGCUCUGCACGACGUUGAGGCUUACCCCAACCCUGACUCGUACGAGCCUGAGCGAUGGAUCGACGGUGAUGCGGAUCAGCAGACCAAGAACUGGCUCGUGUUCGGUACCGGGCCGCAUUACUGCCUGGGUCAGACAUAUGCACAGGCCAACCUGAUGCUCAUGAUUGGCAAGGCCAGUAUGAUGCUAGACUGGGACCACAAGGUCACUGAUCUGAGUGAGGAGAUCAAGGUGUUUGCCACCAUCUUCCCCAUGGACGAUUGCCUUCUCACAUUCAAGAAGCGAGCAGCAGUAUAGACAGAUACUGUCUGUUCGUGAUGCGCAACUUUAGCGAUUCUCUGCAUUUGCAUUCGGCGCGACUUCUUGGUUCCUUCUGGCUGUACGAAAGUCUCUUUGUUCUGGCCCACUUUAGAUGUAAUGAUUGUAUACCCUGCCACCUCUCGAAGGGUCGCAAGGGUUUUUGAGACGAUAUAGGGCUUAUGGUACAGAGCUACGAAUACGCGUACUGCACGCAGGAAUGGUAGAGGUUGGGGACGAGGAGGUAAUGGCAGAAGUAGUAGAUGAUAUGGAGCAAAAGCUCCAACGUUUAAACAAGCUAUCUAAGUGUUACUAUGUGG